CUUGUGCCCCGCUGGGGCAUGUCGCGCCGAUGCGGCGCACGUCCACGCGGUGCCAGGCAUGGGCGGGCGGCACCAGGCGCCACCGCGCCUCCGCCGGCUGCGGCCCUCGGCCGCCCUCUGACGGUCGCUGCCCUGCUGGCGGCCCAGGGCGCCCUGGCGGCAGCCGGAGGCCCGCACGGCGCAGUCCCGGAGGGCUACAACCUCGAAGAAGUGCCGACGCCCUUGGGGCCAGGUGGGGAUGCGGUGGAGCUCGAGGUUGGUGUUAAUUCUUUCCCAUACGACUUCCCCAAGCCAGACUGCAUUGCUGGCAAGAUUGAGCUCCCUCUGCGUGUGUGGAUCUACUGGUAUGACCCUCGCUUGGUUUUCCCAGUGGAGGUCUCGAAUAGGACAGGUGUGGCGGGCUCUUCUGUUUCGAUUGACCCGGGCGCAAUUUGGACACCAGAUUUGGAGGUCUCUGAGAGGAUGGGGCAACAGGAGUGCACAGAGGGGCCGGCCGUAUUGUACGAUCUGGCUUUUUCCGAGCAGCAUCCUUUGGUAGAUCGCGGCUUCAAAUACAACGUGAUGUGGCCCCGGUCGUGCACCAUGACGACGAGGUGCGAUUGCAACUUGGUGAAUUUCCCUUUCGACGAGCACACUUGCAACAUCACGUGGACACCCAUCGCAGAAAGGGGCUACAAGGUCGUCGACGCAGGGCACCUCCCCGACGUCUCGACAGUGCCCAGGCUCGCCGACGGGUCCGGGGACUACAAGAUGGGCCCAAAGAUAGACUCUGUGGAGUUCACAUACUGGUUCCUCACAGACCUCG